ACCAACUAAACUGGCACCAGUGGUUAUUAUUUUAACUGACGUUAAAUGAGAUUGUUUUUUAACUCGAGUAAUAUUAACUUCGUUCAUCUCGCUAUGACGCCAAACCGAAUCGCUGAUCAACUCUGAUUACGUAACAGUGACAAUCCAUUGACAUGUCAUAAAUGUUGCCAAAUAUUACACGCUUCAAAUGUCCGUACGAACUACACGUACUAUGUUAUGACAUUAGCAGUUAGCCGAAAAGCUAAGUUAGCCGCGAGGCUACACUACGGAAGCUGAUAAAGACUGUUAAUACGACGCUGACCGCGUAAAAUAAGUGUGCCAACAAGCAAGCAAAGAGCUAGCUUACCAUUUGACCCAGCUGAUAGGAGCAGUACGUAAUGUGUCUCGGUGAAUGAUAAGAUUUUUCGAGGAGGGCAGACUACAUUUCCCUGCAGAGUAUUGGACAGUGCAGUAUUUGGUGACUUGAGUCUAGGAGUGGAUACACAAUGAAUGAAGAAAACAGUUUUAAACUCAAGAAUGGCAGCGUUACUAAUAGAAAUGGAAGCCGGGCCAACAGAAAUGGAGUUUACAACCAUGCGUUUGAAAUGGAGGAGGACAUCACAGAUGAUGCGAGCAACACCAAAAAGCAAGCGGAGCAGUCAAAAAAGGGAGUGGGAUCAUAUCUAAGGCAAAUAACUAAGCCAAUUAACGCCACUGAGGAUUACCUGAGAAAUCAUUCCAAAACCGUCAAGUACACAUUGUUGGGGAUACUGGGAGCAGGUUAUGUGGCAUACUUCAUUGCAGCCUGUGUUUUGGAUUUCCAAAGGGCGACUGCUCUGGUGGUCAUCACCUCUUUGGUUGUUGUGUCCAAGUCCUACGACAUUGUGAAGAAAUACAUAGGAAAGAGCAUCAGUCGGUGUUUUAGACCUGUCAUACAAACCUUGAAAUCCAAUUUAUGGUGGCUGAAAUGGGUCUUCAUUGUGAUUGUUGUGGUCUUGCUCGCAUUGUGGCUCGUGCUAGACACACUCCAGCGUCCCGAGCAGCUUAUUUCAUUCGGAGGCGUGUGCAUGUUCAUCCUGCUCGUGUUCCUCUGCUCAGCCCACAGGACAGCAGUCUGUUGGAGGCCUGUGUUUUGGGGCCUUGGGUUGCAGUUCUGCAUCGGACUUUUUGUCAUCAGAACCGAGCCUGGACUUGUAGCUUUCCAAUGGCUCGGACGACAAGUACAGAUUUUCCUGGACUACACCAAAGAAGGAUCAUCGUUUGUUUUUGGAGAUUUGAUCGGCGAGAUCUUUGCCUUUCAAGCUUUGCCUAUCGUUGUAUUCUUCAGCAGUGUGAUGUCUGUGCUUUACUUUUUGGGCCUAAUGCAGUGGCUCAUCCUGAAGAUCUCAUGGAUUAUGCAGAUAACAAUGGGAACCUCUCCCACAGAGACCUUGAGUGUAGCAGGCAAUAUAUUUAUUGGCCAGACAGAGGCGCCACUGCUGAUUCGGCCAUAUUUAAACGACAUGACCAAAUCUGAGAUCCAUGCUGUUAUGACUGGAGGAUUUGCCACAAUUGCCGGAAGUGUCAUGGGAGCAUUCAUCUCAUUUGGGAUUGAUGCAUCCUCCUUGAUAUCAGCUUCGGUCAUGGCUGCUCCCUGCGCGCUGGCCUUUGCCAAGCUGUCUUUCCCAGAGACAGAAGAAAGCCCCUUCAAAUCAGAGGAGACUAUCAAAGUGGCUUGUGGAGAUGAGCAGAACAUUCUGGAGGCAGCCAGCAACGGCGCAUCAGCCUCUGUCGGUUUGGUUGCCAACAUCGCCGCAAACCUCAUCGCCUUCCUUGCCAUCCUCGGCUUCAUUAAUGAAGCUUUGAGCUGGCUCGGAGGCAUGGUGGGAUACCCCGAUGUCACCUUUCAGCUAUUUUGCUCAUACAUAUUCAUGCCCCUGGCCUUCAUGAUGGGAGUGCCGUUUGAGGAGAGUUUCACCGUCGCAGAGCUGAUCGGCAUAAAGCUUUUCCUCAACGAAUUUGUGGCCUACGAGAAAUUGUCCACACUGAAGCGCAACAGACUCAACGGACUGGAUGCUGUAAUUGGCGGUCAAAGACAGUGGAUUUCAGUCCGUUCUGAAAUAAUAUGCACCUACGCUCUUUGUGGCUUUGCCAACUUCAGCUCUCUUGGCAUCAUGAUUGGAGGACUAUCCUCUAUAUGCCCAUCUAGAAGAACCGAUAUCUCGGCUCUGGUGUUGCGAUCCAUGAUCACAGCCACAUGUGUCUCACUUGUCAAUGCUUGCGUCGCUGGGAUCUUAUUCGUUCCUCCGCUCGACUGUGUGACACUGUUCAAAGACUCUGUUUUCAACAACACAGAUGUGAAUGUGCAAACCUGUUGCAAUGACCUCUUUGGAAGUGCUGUCAACAAUGGGACCGUCUCCUUUGAAGGCUCGUGGAGCAUGGUGGUAAACGCCACCGUGUAUUUUGCCAAAUGCUGUCAGUGCUGUGGCGUCUCUCAUGAGGCCCUUUGCUUGUAAACGAAGACAAUCUGCAGGGUAUUUUGCCUUGUUUUGUAAUCCGGUUACACUGGUUUUCACAUGUGUCCAAACGUAAGACUUCCCCGGGAAAAGACCAUUUUCUUAAGAUUAGUUUCUGGUGUUCAAUAUUAGACUAUAGAAUAUGAUUGAAUCUUUUCAGACAAUUCAUAUACUAAUUGGGACUCUUUUUUUUUUUUUUUCCAUCUUCCUGUAUUGGUGGAUAUAAAAGAUUUCCAAUCGCCUGUUCAAAUGCCAGGCCAUAACGUUUUUUCUCACUUGUUUGGGAGAAUUGUUAUGUUCUGAUGAAACCAAGGUGCAAUGUUUUGGCCACAAUCACAAAAGGUACAUGACCUGACACUGCUUCUCACCAAAAGCACAUCAUACUCACAGUGAUGGUGGGGGCAGAAUCAUGGUUUGGGGUUGUUUUUCUUCAGCAGAAACAGGGGCCUUUGAGAAAGCGGAGGAAAUUAUGAGCUGUUCCAAAUAGUUGCAGUUGAAAACAUUUACCAAUUAACCUGUAUGGUCCAAAAUUCCCAGGCGUUCUUUAAGUCGACAAGUCCAAAUUAAUGUGAUGUUUCAAAUUAUGUCACUUGCUCCCAAAGCUUGACUUUAAAAGUGUAAUUGGAAGAAUACCAGUGAGAAGAGCAGUCUGCAGUAGAAUACUCCAGGUACUGUAGUAAUCAUUCAACUUUUCCUGAAUUUAUGUUUUUAUGAAGGACUUUAGUGGUGUUUGAAGAGUUGAAUCUUAAAUUUUGUAAUUCCAGAAAAAUGGCAGUCACACUUGUCAUGUUGCUAAAUUUGGUCAUUUACCUUUACUUCCACUCUUAAAAAGUAAAAAAAAAAAAUAAUUCAUAAAUAAAAAAUUUUGGGACAAGUUAUAGGUCACAUUAAUGGUUGAGAGUUUUGAAAUGAUUUAUCUGGGUGUACCUUUAAAAACUUCGCAAUUGAACAUGUGGACUUUUUAUAUCCACUGAACAUUUUUAUAUCGGCAAUCAGAGAAAUUGCUUGGUAUUAGUUAAUGAUUGAACAGGGUAGUGUACUACAUUAAUACUGUAAAGCAAACAAAUUUAUUUAUAAAGAUUUAGAUGUUUAUUUCCAAAGUGUAUUACAUACUCUUGUCUUUUGAGACAUAUGUAGAGUAACUCUUAAGUAUUAUAUUGUAAAUGAAUGAAUUAGUUUACUUUUAUUCUGUUAAAAGAAAAAUAUCUCAGGAAACCUUCAGGCAUCUUCUGUUUGAUGAAUGUAAAUAGACCAAAAUUCAAUUUAAAAAUUUUGAACCGAGUAUUACGCAUCUUGUUGCACUGGAUUAAAAAAUGAAAUAAAGACCCACAAAGACUGAAAUAUGAGCUUAACUCCAGAAACAAAUGUUUUACAUUUUUAUUAAAAAUAGAAAAUAGAUUACUUUGACAUGGGGUAACACAUUGUACACAUACAUUUAUACUUCUUUGUCUCGCACUCUCUUGCCCUCACACACAUUUGAGCCAAUUACAUUAUUUAAUCCUUGUGUCACCGCAGUUAACUGUUUCCCUCCUAUCUGAUAUCCCCCCCACCAUGCAAGUGAAGUAUUUUCUCAAACCACCUGCUGAUUCCCACUUAUCAUUAACCAAUAAACUAUUACAUAGACCAGUGAUUUCCAAACAGUGUGCCGUGAGCGCUCUUCAAGUGUGCCGUGCGAACUUAUCCAAUUUUACGUAAUUGCAAAAAAAACCACAUUUAUUUCAAGAAAUAAUUUAUCUUUAUUCAUCUAUUUAUGCCAGUGAGGCACAAUGACAGACAACAAAAAUAAUCCUCUUCUAUUAGAUGGCAGGAAGUACAUAUAGUAAUUAAUAGAUCCAUUUUUGGUGACAUUUACUUUUGAUGGUGUGCCGUGGGAUUUUUCAAUUGUUAAAUAUGUGCCUUGGCUCUAUAAAGGUUGGAAAUCAAUGACAUACACUACAUUCACGAUGUCUCCAUGCUGGUUAUGGUCGGAAUUUUAAUUGAUUGUUUAAAGCGAAAGAUAUGAAAUGUCAGUAUUGAAGCCAUUGUGCUCUAGCUUUAAGACAAAAAAACCACGCCAUUGCUACAGAUUAUAUCGAAACUCUUGUUGUCGACUUGGUUGUACUUGAGCUUUGCAUAGAAAGUAAAUUUCUCAAGAGAAAUCCUGAGUGUGCUGUUUUGUCUACUUUGACCAACGUGUCCACGGGUUGGCUCCAGAUUACAGCGUGGAGCUGAAUCAGCAGCUUUCCGGUUCCAGCUGCCAGCGUACUGCCUCGGCAUAGCGACGGGUUGCACCGUAUCACGGUUAAAAAUAACAGAUCUAAUAAUGUACCUGCAAGUGUGACUGUUGCUUAAAGCAAGCAAACUACAGCGACAGAAAUCACAGAGCAUAAGUUAUGAUUUCUGUGCACACAAACACUCACUUGGCACAAUAUUAGCUAUUCCUGCAGUUGAGAAUUCUUUUUUUUAUGAGCAUUUAUUUUGUACUGUAUAUACACCACCAGUUAAUAUUUUGGACACGGUUGCUCAUUCAAUAGCAUGAGAACAUUUGUCCAAAACUUUGACUGAU